AUGAACGCACUCUCACAUUCUGCUGUUCUUCCUAACCUCAACCAUCGCAGAUUUUCACCGUCACGUUCUGAUAUUCAAAUUCUUAACCGUGUCACUUGCCACUCGGAUUUUAACAAGUCUACGUCACAAGCAUCAUUGUUUUUGUCUCCUGGUUCAGCGGAUAGAAGAAUUGGUAGCAGAAACAUAGUUUGUCGGGUGUUUUCUUCUGUAGAUGCAAGCACUUAUAAUGGGGUUGCUUUAGAAUCUUCUCAUACUGCAGAAGAAAAAGUUGGCGUGUUGCUUCUCAACCUAGGUGGACCGGAGACGCUGGACGAUGUUCAACCUUUUCUGUUUAAUCUGUUUGCUGAUCCUGAUAUCAUUCGGCUCCCAAGGUUGUUUCGGUUUCUCCAGCGACCUUUGGCAAAAUUGAUAUCUACGCUUCGAGCUCCUAAAUCCAAGGAAGGGUAUGCUUCUAUUGGAGGUGGCUCUCCUUUACGCAAAAUUACAGAUGAGCAGGCAUUUGCACUUAAAAAUGCUUUGGAAGCAAAGGGUCUCUUUUCAAAUCUCUAUGUUGGGAUGCGCUACUGGUACCCAUUCACUGAAGAAGCAGUUCAUCAAAUUAAGAGGGAUCGAAUAACAAGGCUCGUGGUGUUACCCCUUUAUCCCCAAUUUUCUAUAUCCACUACUGGGUCAAGCAUCAGCGUUCUGGAGCAGAUGUUCAGGCAAGAUUCUUAUUUGUCUAGGCUUCCUGUUUCCAUUAUAAACUCUUGGUAUCAAAGAAAAGGUUAUCUAAAGUCAAUGGCUGACUUAAUUGAGAAAGAACUAGAGAAUUUUUCUGAGCCAAAGGAGGCUAUGAUAUUUUUCAGUGCCCACGGUGUACCUGUCAGUUACGUUGAGAAUGCUGGGGAUCCAUACCGAGAUCAAAUGGAGGAGUGCAUCUUCUUGAUCAUGCAGGAAUUGAAGGCUAGAGGAGUUAAUAACGAGCACACUCUUGCUUAUCAGAGUCGAGUAGGCCCUGUACAGUGGUUAAAACCGUACACAGAUGAAGUUCUAGUUGAGCUUGGCAAGAAAGGUGUGAAGAGUCUCUUGGCUGUUCCAGUGAGCUUUGUGAGUGAGCACAUAGAGACUCUUGAAGAAAUUGACAUGGAGUACAGGGAAUUGGCUCUUGAAUCUGGCAUUCAGAAUUGGGGACGUGUCCCUGCCCUUGGUCUUACCCCUUCCUUCAUUACUGAUCUGGCAGAUGCAGUGAUAGAAGCUCUUCCAUCUGCAGCAGCAAUAUAUGCCCCAGACAACAGCAGCUCUGAAGAUAUGGAUGAUCCGGUUAAAUACUUCAUCAAAAUGUUUUUCGGUUCAAUUUUGGCGUUCAUGUUGUUUUUCUCACCCAAAUUGAUAUCAGCGUUUAGGAAUCAUGUCAUUUAG